AGUGCUAACUACCAACAGGAUAUUCCUGGAUAUACAUUUAAACCUACAAUUAUCAAUUAGCUUGAAAAAAUGGCUAACAAAGUGUUUUUUGCGGCGUUGUGGCUGCUUUUUAUUUCAUCUGUGUUGACAGAGGAUGGAGACAUUAUAAUAAGCGAUGAUGACGAGGAUAUCAACCCGCUGCUCCAGGCCGCACCGGAAGUCGACGAUAAGGAGAACGAACGGAACGAACGCCAUAUAAGCUUCAACAUCCAUAAAGCCCCAGCAGUUAGUGCCAGAUACACGUAUGGCGGCUCAGCAGGAGUUGGUGGAGGAUAUGGUGCUCAAAGAGGAUAUGGUGGAGGAUUUGGUGGCGAUGGUGGUUAUGGCGGCGGGCUGAAGACGUCUCAUGCCGCUGGAGGACUGAUAGCCAAAACCUUGGGAUUUUUAGGCAUGGGUCAGGGCAACUUUUACGGAAACGGCGGUCACAUGCUGGCAGCCUUUGGAAAAUGUUCGGCGCUCCAGCUGCCUUCCAAUGUGCAGUCUGAAUGCCACAAUGGUCGCUGCAAGGUCUCCUGCCCAAGUGGCUAUAGCUUUGCCCAGGACGUUUCAGUCCUGGAGAUGUUCUGCAGCAACGAUGGAUGGAUCAUAGGGAACUCCGUGUUCACGGAGGUGCCGCCAUGCCAGGCACAAUGUACACCACGUUGCCAGAAUAAUGGUAUCUGCAUCUCCGCCGGAGUGUGCCAGUGUCCGGAGAACUACUACGGUCCGGUGUGCCAGCAAAAGGUGUCCAUAUGUGCCUCCUUUCCGAAGAGCCCAAAGAACUCCAAAGUUUCCUGCAAGAAUAAUAUGUGCCACGCCGAGUGCAUGAGAGGCUUCCAAUUCCCAGACGGCAGCGAAAUUACGAACAUUGAGUGCCGCAAUGGCCAGUGGGUGCACACCAAGACCGGGCUUUCCAAGACUCCAGAUUGUGCUCCAACUUGUGCGCCCGCCUGCCAAAACGGAGGACAGUGCAUUAGUUUUAAUGUCUGUCACUGCCCUAAGUUGUUCCGCGGAAACCAGUGUCAAUAUAAUAUCGACAGAUGCAAUGUGACUAAUACCAAUUUUAAUGGAAACUACAAGUGCGCAUAUGAAGCGGAGGAGGCACGUUGCACAUUUAGCUGCACUCAGGUACCGGGUCUAAAAAUCGAAGGACGCAUUGACAUAGAGUACAAGUGUAACUAUCUGACAGGACAAUAUCUGCCUGCCCCCCUGCCAAAGUGCAUAUUCCCUCCUGGAUACACGGUUCGCUCCACAUCCUCCAUGCAAGGCGUGACACAUCAGAAUGAAGUCUAUAAUCGCGAAAUGAGGGAUGGCAUGGCUUUCGAACUCCUGACAGAACGUCAGAAACUACUUGCUCUGCUGGCCAAAUAUCGGGAUCUGGAACGAAGAAGUGAAUGGUGGUCGUCGGAGGAAACAGUUGUCACCAUGAGCAGUUAUGCCUUGUACCAGAGCAACAAUGUGGAUGUCGUCAUCGACAAGAACCCACGACCAGCACUUUGCACCACUUGGGGUGGCAUUAACAUGAAAACCUUCGAUGGCCUGGUUUUCAAGGCUCCUCUAUCCUGCUCGCACACGCUGAUUACGGAUAAGGUAUCGGGCACAUUUGACAUUAUCCUGAAAGCUUGUCCGUAUGGCUCUGGGUACGGAUGCGCACACACCCUGAAAAUUCUGUGGCAGUCGGUUCAGUACACCUUUGAAAACCUGAAUGGCACCGUGCAGCUGACCACGCCCAUUAAGAAACUUCCUAUGCCUGUCCAGGUGAUGGGCAUGAAGGUAAUGCCAGUGGCCCAGCACGUUCAGAUCGAUCUGGAGUCCGUGGGCCUCAAGCUGGACUGGGAUCAUCGGCAGUAUGUCUCCGUGCAGGCUGGGCCCCAAAUGUGGGGAAAAGUCGGAGGACUCUGCGGAACCCUGGAUGGUGAUACCAACACGGACUUGACCUCCAGGACGGGCAAGAAUCUGGUCACCGUGAAGGCCUUCGCCGAUGCCUGGCGCGUCGAGGAUCACAGUGAAUUGUGCCAGGUGGAGAACAGUGCAGAGAUGGAGUUCGGCAUGGAUUCCUGCGAGCAAUCCAAGCUACAGAAGGCAGUUUCAGUCUGCGAGCGUCUGUUGGCCAAUGAAAAGCUGGGUGACUGCAUCAAGCCCUUCAACUAUGACGCCCUCAUCCGCACCUGCAUGGCGGACUACUGCAAUUGUGCCAAUCGGGAGCAUCCGGAAAGCUGCAAUUGUGAUGCCAUUGCCAUGUUGGCCAAGGAGUGCGCUUUCAAGGGCAUCAAACUGGAGCACGGCUGGCGAAAUCUGGAAAUUUGUCCCAUCAGUUGCGGCUUUGGACGCGUUUACCAGGCUUGUGGUCCAAAUGUGGAGCCGACCUGCGAUUCGGACUUGGCUCUGCCAGCAUUAAAAGGCGCUUGCAACGAAGGCUGCUUUUGUCCGGAGGGAACUGUGCAGUACAAGGAGGCCUGCAUCACUCGUGAACUUUGCCCUUGUUCCCUGCGCGGCAAGGAGUUCAAGCCGGAGUCGACGGUAAGAAAGAACUGCAAUACAUGCACCUGCAAGAACGGCCAGUGGCGAUGCACGGAGGAUAAAUGUGGCGCACGCUGUGGGGCCGUCGGAGAUCCGCAUUACCAGACCUUCGAUGGCAAGCGAUACGACUUCAUGGGCAAGUGCUCCUACCACCUUCUGAAGACCCAAAACACUUCCGUAGAGGCUGAGAAUGUGGCUUGCUCGGGCGCCGUUUCGGAGGCCAUGAAUUUCGCAGCUCCCGAUGAUCCGUCAUGCACCAAGGCGGUGACCAUUCGGUUUAUCCUGCGCGAUGGUACCCCGUCGGUGAUCAAGCUCGAUCAGGGACUGACCACGGUGGUGAAUGACAAGCCCAUCGCCAAGUUACCCAAGAUGCUGGGUCUGGGCGAGGUGCUCAUCCGGCGGGCGAGUUCCACCUUCCUGACUGUGGAGUUCGCAGAUGGCAUUCGCGUCUGGUGGGACGGAGUUUCGCGAGUCUAUAUCGACGCACCGCCCAGUUUGCGUGGCCAAACCCAGGGCCUUUGCGGCACCUUCAAUUCCAACACCCAAGAUGACUUCCUAACGCCCGAGGGCGAUGUGGAAACGGCCGUGGAACCCUUUGCAGAUAAAUGGCGCACAAAGGACACUUGCCAGUUUAAGGCGGAAACGCACCAAGGACCUCAUCCCUGUACGCUGAACCCGGAGAAAAAGGUGAAGGCGGAGAAGUUCUGUGAUUGGAUUCUUCAGGACAUCUUCCAGGACUGCCACUUCCUGGUGGAGCCCGAGCAGUACUAUGAGGAUUGCCUCUACGAUACAUGCGCGUGCAAGGAUGAAAUGGCCAAGUGCUUCUGCCCCAUCCUAUCCGCCUAUGGCACAGAAUGCAUGCGACAGGGUGUGAAGACUGGCUGGCGAAUGUCGGUCAAGGAAUGCGCUGCAAAGUGUCCGAUGGGCCAAGUGUUCGACGAGUGCGGUGAUGGCUGUGCAUUAUCCUGCGACGAUCUCCCCAGCAAAGGAUCCUGCAAGCGGGAGUGCGUCGAGGGAUGUCGUUGCCCCCACGGAGAAUAUGUCAACGAAGAGGGCGAGUGCGUGCCGAAGCAGAAAUGUCAUUGCAGCUUUGACGGCAUGUCCUUCCAACCGGGCUACAAGGAGGUGCGACCAGGGGAGAAGUUCCUGGAUCUGUGCACCUGCACGAAUGGCGUGUGGGACUGCCAGGACGCCGAGCCGGGCGACAAGGAUAAGUAUCCACCAUCCUCGGAAUUGCGCUCAAAGUGUGAAAAGCAGCCCUACGCCGAGUUCACCAAAUGUGCGCCCAAGGAACCGAAAACGUGCAAGAACAUGGACAAGUAUGUGGCCGACUCCUCCGACUGUCUGCCCGGCUGCGUUUGCAUGGAAGGAUACGUUUAUGAUACCUCCCGCCUGGCCUGCGUCCUGCCCGGCAACUGCUCCUGCCACCAUGCCGGAAAGAGCUACGAUGACGGCGAGAAGAUCAAAGAGGACUGCAAUCUCUGUGAGUGCAAGGCGGGCAACUGGAAAUGCUCGAAGAAUGGCUGUGAGUCAACGUGCAGCGUUUGGGGCGACUCCCACUUCACCACCUUCGAUGGCCACGACUUUGACUUCCAGGGCGCCUGUGACUAUGUCCUUGCCAAGGGCGUUUUCGACAACGGCGACGGCUUCAGCAUAACCAUCCAGAAUGUCCUGUGCGGCACCAUGGGUGUGACUUGUUCCAAGUCCCUGGAAAUCGCGCUCACUGGCCAUGCUGAAGAAUCGCUGCUUCUGAGCGCAGACUCAGCUUACAUCACUGAUCCCAACAAGUCGCCUAUUAGAAAGCUUCGUGACAGUGUCAACUCAAAAGGUCACAAUGCCUUCCACAUCUACAAGGCUGGCGUGUUUGUGGUGGUGGAGGUGAUCCCGCUGAAGCUGCAAGUGAAAUGGGACGAGGGCACUCGGGUUUACGUGAAGCUGGGCAACGAGUGGCGCCAGAAGGUGAGCGGCCUGUGCGGCAACUAUAAUGGCAACAGUCUGGACGACAUGCAGACACCAUCGAUGGGACUGGAGACCAGUCCCAUGCUCUUUGGCCACGCCUGGAAAUUGCAGCCCCACUGCUCAGCCCCAGUGGCGCCCAUCGAUGCCUGCAAAAAGCAUCCGGAGCGCGAAACCUGGGCCCAACUGAAGUGUGGAGCUCUCAAGUCUGAUCUGUUCAAGGAGUGCCAUGCGGAGGUGCCUCUGGAUCGUUUCUGGAAACGCUGCAUUUUCGACACUUGUGCCUGCGACCAGGGCGGCGAUUGCGAGUGCCUCUGCACUGCCAUGGCUGCCUAUGCGGAUGCCUGUGCCCAGAAGGGCAUCAAUAUUCGCUGGAGGUCCCAGCACUUUUGCCCCAUGCAAUGCGAUCCCCACUGCUCGGACUACAAGGCCUGCACGCCGGCCUGCGCUGUGGAGACCUGCGAUAACUUCCUCGACCAGGGAAUCGCGGAGCGCAUGUGCAACCGGGAGAACUGCCUGGAGGGAUGCCACAUAAAGCCGUGCGAGGAUGGGUUCAUCUACCUGAACGACACCUACCGCGCUUGUGUGCCCAAGGCCGAGUGCAAGCCAGUGUGCAUGGUGAUGGACGGAAAGACGUUCUACGAAGGUGACAUUACCUAUACGGAUUCGUGUGCCACUUGUCGGUGCUCCAAGCGCAAGGAGAUUUGCAGCGGUGUCAAGUGUGAUGUACCUGUAACAACUGGACACUCGGCUCCGCUCAUUGAGGGCACGACUGUGGCAACGCCUUUGGCUACCCAAAACCAGACCAAGUGCGUCAAGGGAUGGACUCGCUGGUGCGACAAGGAUCGGGAUGCGUCGGACAAGAGUGUGCGACUGAAUGACGAGGAGAAGGUGCCGCGCUACGAUAGAAUGGAAAAUGUCUACGGCACGUGCCUCAAGCAAUUUAUGAGCAAGGUGGAGUGCCGGGUGAAGGACACCCACGAGGCACCGGAGCAAAUGGACGAGAAUGUGGUUUGCAGUCUGGAAGAGGGUCUUAGGUGUAUUGGAAAGUGCCACGACUACGAACUGCGCGCCUUCUGCCAGUGCGAUGAGAAACUGGAGCCCGAAGUUGCCAAGCCCACGGAAAAGCCACAACUGGGCCUGGCCUGCGAUGCUGCUGUGGUGGAGUACAAGGAAUUCCCAGGAGAUUGCCACAAGUUCCUGCACUGCCAGCCCAAGGGAGUCGAGGGCGGUUGGAUCUACGUGGAAAAAACCUGCGGGGAGUACAUGAUGUUUAAUCCCACGGUGCUAAUUUGUGACCACAUAGCCACCGUAACGGAGAUCAAACCCAACUGUGGCCUGAUACCCAAGCCGGAGCCCGAAUUUGAGCCCAUCAAGCAAUGUCCGCCCGGCAAAAUAAUGUCCGACUGUGCAAAUCAGUGUGAGCAUACGUGCCACUAUUAUGGCACCAUUCUAAGGAAGCGGGGUCUCUGCCAGGUUGGCGAGCACUGCAAGCCCGGUUGUGUGGACGAGCUGCGACCAGAUUGCCCCAAGCUUGGCAAGUUUUGGCGGGACGAGGACACUUGCGUCCAUGCUGACGAGUGUCCUUGCAUGGACAAGGCGGAACACUAUGUGCAGCCGCACAAGCCCGUGCUUGGAGAGUACGAGGUGUGCCAGUGCAUCGACAAUGCCUUCACCUGUGUGCCCAACAAGCCAGAAGCUGUUCCCAAGGAGGGCGACGUCGAAGUGGAAGUGGUGCCUCUGAUUCCCAUUUACCCUGUUACCCUAACUCCACCGCUGCAGUGUUCUCCAGAACGCCUCAUUCCCAAGAUAGAAAACCCUGCUCAUUCACAGCCUGAUAGCAUUUUCAAUGCCAGUUCCCAGCUGGCGCCCGAACAUGGCCCGAAAAUGGCUCGCCUGACCAAGGACCAACCGCUGGGCAGCUGGUCACCCAGCAUCAACGAUCAGAUGCAGUAUCUGGAACUAAACUUUGCAAAGCCAGAGCCAUUCUAUGGCGUGGUCAUGGCUGGUAGCCCGGAAUUCGAUAACUACGUCAGCCUUUUCAAGAUCCUGUACAGUCAUGAUGGAAUCGCCUACCAUUAUCUGGUGGACGAGAUGGAGAAGACCCAAAUGUUCAAUGGCCCCUUGGACUCAAGAGCUCCAGUACAGACUCUAUUCAAGAUUCCCGUCGAAGCGAGCUCCCUUCGCAUUUAUCCCCUCAAAUGGCAUGGCUCCAUCGCCAUGCGUGUGGAGCUCCUGAUCUGCGGCGAUAAGGAAGAACCGAAGCCAGUGCCCACACUUCCAACAGUGCCACCCGUAACUGACCGGCCACCUCGAUUGGUCGAUCUGGAGUGCAUUGAUCUCAUGGGCGUGGAUGAGGGCAAGAUGCACCAGGACCAAGUUCAAUCCAGCAGCUUGUGGCAGCAACCCAGUUUGGGAAAGAAAUCACAGCUUCUGGAGUUGCUCAAGGUAUCGACGCCCCUAGCUUGGCGUCCCUUGGCAAAUAGUCAAAACGAGUUCAUUGAGUUCGACUUCCUGGAGCCACGCAACAUAUCUGGAUUUGUAACCAAGGGUGGUCCGGAUGGCUGGGUCACUGGCUACAAGGUGUUGUUCUCGAAGAAGAAACCCACCUGGAACACAGUGCUCUCCACCGACGGACAGCCACGCAUCUUCGAGGCGAACCACGAUGCGGAAACUGAGCGCAGACAUCAUUUCAAGAACCCAAUUCUCACGCAGUACAUUAAGAUUGUGCCGGCCUACUGGGAGAGGAACAUCAAUAUGCGAAUCGAACCACUCGGAUGCUUCCUACCAUAUCCUGAAGUACAACGCCAAGUGCCCAAGGAAGAGAGCAAGCCCACCAAGUGCAAUGUCUGCGAUGGUGUGUCCAGUGUGUCCAGUGUGUCCAGUUCGACUGCUGGAUGCCAGUGCCAGGAGCAACUCUUCUGGGACGGCAGCACCUGUGUGCAGCACAAUCUCUGUCCCUGCAUAGAGAACUAUGUGAGCUAUCCGAUAGGCAGCAAAUUUGAGAAUUCCGCUUGCGAGGAGUGCGUCUGCGUGCUCGGUGGCCAUAAGAACUGCAAGCCCAAGAAGUGUCCGCCAUGUGUGGACGGCAAAUUGCGUCCAGUGAUCACCAGCGACUGCUUCUGCAAGUGCGAGCCCUGUCCCAAACACCAAAGGUUGUGCCCGUCCAGCGGAGAUUGCAUACCCGAAAUACUCUGGUGUAAUGGUGUGCAGGAUUGUGCUGACGAUGAGGAUGCCAGUUGCAGUGAUUCAUUCACUGUCGAGCCCGACGUCAGCCGAGAAAAGAACGAGACUGAAGUCAUUACAUGUCCCGUUCCCGUUUGUCCUCCUCAAAUGAAAAUUCGAAUUACGGAGAAGAAGUCUAGAAAGAUGUCAAAGAUGUUUACCUUCUCGAAGCAGGUGUCAAUAGUGGACGAUGGAACGACCAUCACAAAGACCAAGUUCAUCUCGUCCAAGGAACAAGUUCUGGCUAUGCCCAACCAGGCAUUGGACUUCCAAGAGGAAGAGCAGUGCGAUGAGUUCACUUGUGUGCCCAUUCCCAGCAAGCAAGUGGACAAAAACGAGACUGUCACCUGCACGGAACCAAAGUGUCCCGAGAAGUACGACGUGGAAUUGGACAUGAGUGCGGCCAAGGUGGGAGACUGCCUGCGAUACACCUGCGUCCUGCGACCCAACAAAGAUGAUGUGUGCGAAAUCAGCGGCAAGAGCUUCACCACCUUCGAUGGAACUGUGUUCAAGUACGGACCUUGCAGCCACAUCCUGGCCAGGGAUAUCCACAACAGCAGUUGGUCAAUAUCGGUCCAUCAGCAAUGUAGCGAUGAGACCCGUAAAGUGUGUCACAAGGUCAUCACUAUACAGGACACUGAGGCUGGCAAUGAGCUGAUCCUCCUGCCCCAGCUGAAACUCAAGUUCAAUGGCUUUGAGUUCACAGUGCAGCAACUGAUAAAUUCGCCCAUCUGUAAGGCUUCAUUCGUGGUUUCCCAGCCGGGAAAGACUCUGCUGGCCGUGUCCACCAAAUAUGGUUUCUGGGUACAGCUCGAUGACAUUGGCAUCGUCAAAGUGGGCAUAUCCUCCAAGUUUAUUCGCACUGUCGAUGGCCUGUGUGGCUACUACAACGGGAACCCAAAGGACGACAAGAGAUCACCCGAUGGCCAGAUUAUACCAAACACCGAAAAGUUCGGCGACAGUUGGUAUGAUAAGCGGAUACCCAAGGACCAGUGUGGCGAUCUUAAGUGCUCCAGGGAGAUGCAGGCAAAGGCCUUGCAGCUGUGCAACAUCAUUCAUCAUCCAACCUUUGCUCGUUGCCACAAGGCGGUCAACUACAAGCAGUUCCUCAACAAUUACUGCCUCGAAGCUGCCUGUAAUUGCAUGAUGGCCAACAACGGAGAUCCAGCCGCCUGCAAGUGCAACAUCUUGGAGAGCUUUGUGAAGAAGUGCCUCAGCGUAAACCCACUUGUUCAAUUGACUACCUGGAGAGCCGUGGCCCAGUGCGAGAUCAAUUGUCCUGCGCCAUUGGUUCACACCGACUGUUACAAGAGGCGUUGUGAGCCAUCCUGCGAUAAUGUUCACGGAGACGACUGUCCAGUGCUUCCGGAUGCCUGCUUCCCGGGCUGCUAUUGUCCGGAGGGCACUGUGCGCAAGGGUCCCAGCUGCGUGCCCAUAUCCGAGUGCAAGGACUGUGUGUGCAAUUCAUUGGGCGCCUCCAAGUACAUGACCUAUGACCGGAAGAGCUUUGGCUUUAAUGGCAACUGCACAUACCUUCUGUCGCGCGAUGUCGUCCUCCCAGGUGUCCACACAUUCCAGGUGUACGUCAGCAUGGAUGACUGUAAGAAACUGGGACAAGCCACUCCAGUGGAAGGCGGCAGCUGCGCUAAAUCACUGCACAUUCUGAACGGUGACCAUGUAAUUCAUGUGCAGCGUGUUCCGCAGAAACCUAAAUCCCUGCAGGUUCUGGUCGAUGGAUUCGAGGUGAAGAAAGUGCCAUUCAAAGAUAGUUGGAUUAGCCUACGGCAAGUGGUGGGCAAGGAGCUAGUGCUCUCCCUGCUGGAGUCCCAUGUGGAAUUGACCGCUUCCUUUGAAGACCUGAUUUUCUCCUUGGGCGUGCCAAGUAUCCAAUAUGGAAGCAAGAUGGAGGGACUUUGCGGCGAUUGCAAUGGCAAUGCAGCCAACGAUCUGCAGCCCAAUCCGGCCAAAAAGAAUGCAGGAGUGGAUGUAAUCCAAAGCUGGCAGGCGGAUGAGCCCAAGCUGGGAUUGGUGGAGGAAUGUCUCAGUGAGGAUGUGCCCAAGGAGCACUGCAUUCCUCUGCCGCCAGAGAAGGACCCAUGUUUCCAGUUCUACAAUGAUAAGUUGUUCGGCAAGUGUCCUUUGGCCAUCGAUCCCAUUGCCUAUGUCUCCGCCUGUCAACAGGACAUCUGCAAGCCCGGAAACACCCAGCAAGGUAUAUGUGUUGCUCUGGCAGCAUAUGCCAAGGAGUGCAACCAGCACGGCAUCUGCACCAACUGGAGGAGACCCCAACUGUGUCCAUACGAAUGCCCCAGCGAUAUGGUCUACCAGCCAUGUGGCUGUGCCAAGAACUGCGAUACCAUCAAGGCUUUGGCCGAGUUCGAUGCAGUGAGCCUCAAAAACUCGGCCGUCGUUCAUACCGUUAAGACCGAUGAAAUGUGUUUGAGCUCGGAGCGAUUCGAGGGCUGCUUCUGUCCCGCUGGAAAGGUCAUGGAUGGUGGAAAGUGUGUGCCCGAAAUAGCCUGCACAAAGUGCGAUGAUGGACUCCACCUGCCCGACGAGAAAUGGAAGAAGGAUAAGUGCACCGACUGUCAGUGUGAUUCCAAGGGUAAGACCACGUGUGUGGAAAAGAAGUGCCAGGUGGAGGAGAAUAUCUGCGCCGAGGGCUAUCGACCUGAGACCAUAUUCAGCGUGGAUGAGUGCUGUCCUAGGUAUCGAUGUGUCCCGGAGACGAAGGACCCAUCCAAGCUGUGCCUUGCUCCUCUGGUGCCCAUUUGCGGUCCUGGACAGUUCAAAAAGGAGAAGAAGGAUGUCAAUGGCUGCUCCCAAUACAUAUGCGAGUGCAUACCCAAGGACCAGUGUGAAAUUAUCAAGCUGCGGGAGUUGCUACCGGGCGAGGUCAUUGUAAAGGUUGAAGAAGGCUGCUGCCCCACCCAGAAAAUUGAGUGUAAGCCGGACACUUGCCCCCAGGCGCCUGUUAGCUGUCAAGAACGAUUCUACGAAGUCAAGACCAUUGAGCAGCCCGGAAUGUGUUGUUCCAAGCACUCCUGUGUGCCUCCCAAGGAUCUGUGCAUUGUUCAAUAUGAGCUCGACGAAGCUACGAAGUUCACCAAGCCAGUGGGUGAGAAGUGGACGCAUGCCAAGGAGGUUUGCAAGCAGGAGACCUGCUCGUACGGUCCGGAUGGCAAUGCCCAGGUGGUCAGCACCUUGGAACAGUGUCUCACGGACUGCGCCCCGGGAUUCAGCUACCAGAACUUGGACAAAACCAAGUGCUGUGGCAAGUGCGUCCAGACGUCGUGCAUCUUUGAGCAAAAGCUAUACGAUGUCAACGCGCUGUGGAAGUCGGCGGACAAUUGCACUACCUACAGUUGCCUGAAGAAGGAUGGCCAGUUCUUGGUUACCACCUCGAAGGAAGUAUGUCCGAAUGUGGACAGUUGCCUAUCUCACCUGUUGUACCAGGAUGGCUGCUGCAAGCGAUGCAAAUCGGAGCCACUGGUGCAGGACAAAUCAACUUGUUUGCCCGUUUCUUUGGCCGAGUCGCGAACCAAGGAGAUUCUGAAGUUCCCUGUGCAAGGACAUGGAACCUGCGUGAAUGCCGAUCCCAUUCAGGGCUUCACCGACUGCGAGGGCUCCUGCUCCUCUGGCUCCAAGUACAAUACGCUCACUGACAUGCACGAGAAGUUCUGUACUUGCUGCAGCAUCCAAUCGUAUCAUCCAAUCUCCGUGAAGAUGAUUUGCGAGGAUGGCCACACGUUCACGCAGAAGCACGAGGUGCCCUCCAACUGCGGCUGCUCGCCGUGCUCAGAGUUCUCCGACACCGCAAUCGAUGUCCGCAUGCAGCAGGAUGUGCAGUCUCCGCUACUGCAGCUGCUGGGCAACCACAGGCACUAGUAACUCACUGGUUGUAUGAGCAAGUCAUUUAUGUAGGUUUAAGAAUGUCGAGCAUUAAAGUCAAUAAAAACGCAAUGUACAAUGCA